AUGAACCUGACCAAGACCAUCCCCGCUCAGCCCGAGACUAACGCCAUGGCUCAAAACACUCAGGACACCACGGCUCAAAACAUUACAAGCACACUUGACGUCCUUCAUCUUGAGCCUCCAAUCACUCCACCCGAAACUGUGGAAUCCCUUCGUGCGUAUGAAAAAGAGCCAGGCGAAGCACAGAAAUUUUUAGGUACGACCAAAUUUGCUUUACACACGCUUAUAUAUUUUGUUUCCUUAACCGAUGUCUUUGCAGAUCGCAUGGUACAUGGCUUCGCUUCGAUGCCCGAUAACAUUAGAAGUCAGGUUUUCUGGGGUUUCACUGAUGAUCUUAACUUUAACGCUCCUGGAGGUGACAUGGAUCGAGAAGUUCUCUACUUCUAUAACAGUCUCGAGGCGGGCAAGUUUGAUGAACAUCAGAAAGACUGGGUACUGGUGAACGGACAGAAGGUAGUGAAGUAUGGGUCAGAUGAAUAUACAAAUCAGCAAUUAACAGACCUCCAAGAGGAAAUUCCCGCUGCCAUUUAUAUCCCAGUUGAUCCAUUACUUCGUGGAAAAUAUCAUCAUCUAGUCCCCGCGCCGAGGAUGGUGAAAUCUUGGCGUUCCAACUCUGGAGAACACCUGGUUCGAGUCAAAAGAGUCGGAUCAGAGGAUGAAAGUUCUAUCGAUCGUACUUGGUUACAAUUUCCGCGCGCCAGAAACAAUAUUACCUUAUACCGUGCGUCGACGCCUUGGAAAAAGGGUUGGCACAAGGAAUCUACCCUUGCUCUGGGCUAUGGAGUACCUAGUAGAUUGUUUUUGGCUUGUGAUCCAUUUUUAGUGUCCAUUGGGGACAACAAUGGCUGGAGCCAUUGGGUCCAAACUAAUACUCUUCGAGUUUGGGAACCAAAACCUGCCUCAGCAUGA